AUGGAAGAGGUUUUGGAAAGGCAAGAGCGAGAAAGGCGAGCAAAAAUGCGUAGAAGAGCUGCAAGCAAAAGGGCGCAGAGAGAACUAGAUGAGCAACUUGGUGUGGCCUUUGCUUUGCUGGAGGAAGAAAACCAGAGCCGCCGUGUGGAAAAUCUGUACACCAGGGACUACCUGUGCAGACCUACGCCCAGGGACCUGCAACGGCUUCUACAAAAAGCUGAGUCUCGUGGAUUUCCUGGAAUGAUUAGUAGCAUUGACUACAUGCACUGGCAAUGGAAAAAUUGUCCAUCUGCUUGGCAAGGGGAUUAUGGGAAUCAGAAAGGGCAGAAAAGUAUCAUCCUCGAAGCAGUUGCUGGUUUUGAUACAUGGGUUUGGCACGCCUUCCUUGGAGUUGCCGGCUCUCAAAAUGAUUUGAACGUCCUGGGUCAAUCCCCGGUGUUCAAUGAUGUUCUGAGAGGUGAAGGCCCAACUAUCACAUAUCAAAUUAAUAAUAUCGUCUACCAGAACGGGUAUUAUCUAGCUGAUGAGGGGUACAGAAAAGAUGUGGAGAGGUGCUUUGGUAUCCUUCAAGCCCGGUGGGCAAUUAUCAGGGGAGCGGCACGUCUAUUUGAUGAGGAGGUGCUUAGUAGUAUAAUGAUGACUUGUAUCAUCCUCCACAACAUGAUUGUGGAAGAUGAGUAUGAUUACGAUGCUGCUGAAGUGUAUGAACCAGAUCCAAUGAACACCGCCUUAACACGAUUUUAUGAAAAACCUAUGAGGCCAAAUGGAGAACCAGUGCAGCAUGAUCCGUUAGUUAGAGACGAUAAUUUCAUGCUUCGGAUGAUUGAGCGCUACACGGAGAUACAAUCGUCAUAUAUUCAUUAA